ACAAGUCCGACAUUCAACACUUCAAUGGAGGAACAGCCCAAAGAUCGGGCACAAGACAAGCAAUAUCACCACCACGGAGAAGACAGAAACUCUAUUCAACAUACCGUUACAGCUUGUCUAAAAAAUGAUCCGAGCCACUUCCAGCGCCAGCAUCAGGAAACGCCGACGAAGAAAACAGGCAAUAAAAAAGUAAACAUCGGUGAUGAAGAGGGGGAGAAGUAUAUACAUCGGUCUGACACUGUUGGUACGUCACAUCCCCCCAACAGCAAUGGCAGCAGACACAUAAGUAGUACAAAUGUGAAGCAAAAAUCAACACAAAAGCUGUACACACCUGUUCCAAAAGUGAGCAGCAAAGGAUUGGACCAUAAGAAGAAUAUGGACCUUAAAAAUGACAAGGAAAAGGCUCUUGAUUUGAAUCAUCAGGAGGGUCAGCCUUUGGAUAAAAAAGACUUGGUUCUGCUUCAAAAUGGCAUUGUAAACUGUGGCUUCAUUACAAAUGGCUAUUCUAGCAAGGACAAUGAUGGCAGUGGCUCUGAAGGUGGAUAUACUACUCCGAAGAAACGCAAGGCCAAAUGUAACACCAAGAACACUGAUCAUGUGAUAAGAGAAAAGGAGAAAGACAUGCAGCAGGGCAACACUACACAGGAUCUUGAGACAGCUGAGAAGGGAGUGACUUCAAGACUUGAUGGCUUUAGAGUUGCCCACAAAAUAGAAGCUCAGUCAGCAGCUAGACGGGCUGUUGUGCCAGAGACUUCAAUGGGUGAAACUCAGAGGAAAAGCUCUGAUGGCAAAGCAGUUGGCACCUUUAGUAAAAAAACUGAGGAAAGGCACAAAACCAGGCUUUCCUCACCUUCUAAAGAGGAUUCCUGGACCUUGUUCAAGCCCCCUCCAGUAUUUCCUGUGGACAAUAGCAGUGCUAAAAUUGAUUCCAAGAUCAGUUAUGCAAGUAAAGUAAAAGAGAACCUCAACAAAGUAGCUCAAGGUGGAGGAGAGGCACUGCUUCCUCCUGUUAGACUGUCGCAGGUCCCUAUGUCUGCUGUGAAAACAGCUAGCUUUACUAAUGGUCCUGUUUCUGGAAACGGAAAUGGCUGCCCAUCAGUGACUACCUUCUUUAAUACUGCUGCUAGUAGUAUUCCACCACCGCCAUCUAUCCCAAGUGGCGACAAUGUAGCAUGUCCUUUGGAAAGUAACUGUAGCUCCUCAACCAGUCAUACGGAUGGAGAAGCAUAUGAGCAUAGGAAGUGUCCUCUUUUAAAUUGCCCUUUAAAUAUGCAACCUGUGCUCCCUAGUGCUCGUCACCUUGACCACCCGGCUGCUCAGACAAAUCAGAAAGCCUUGGGAGACAUCUUCCACAAUAAGUGGGGGCUUUGUUUCAUCACUGAGGCCAACUUGGCUCCAGAAGGGGAAAAUAUGCAGGACACAGGGGACACAACUACUGUAGUCACACCUCAAAGUGAGUGUCAGGCUGAUGCAGCCAAGGCUGUCCAGCCCUGCUUUGAUGUUAGUCCAUCAUUCUUAGAGCCUGGUACUUUGGCUCAAGACCCUGAGAAAAGGACUUGUGUCCCUUGUACUCUGUCUAAUGCCUGUUCUCCUGCUUGUGUAAUGAGUGAGAAAGAGAACAAGCUGCAGCCAUGUGGCCAGGAAAAGGCAAAACUUGAGGCCAAGGGUGCAGUUUCUGCUGUGGCAGCCCCCAGUAAAGACAAUGGUGCUAGGCCUGCACAGAGCCAGCUAACCACUGUGUUGUUUGGCUCAUCUAAAGAACAGGCCCACUGUAAAGACACUGGCAGAAGGUGUAGCUGGGGGUCCUUUGACGUUAAAGCUGCUGUCACCUAUCACACUAAAGAAAUGGAAUCCAUUUGCAACUUGCAAAAACAAGAUCCAAAAAGAGUAGUGGUUUAUGAUAAGGCCAAGGAUGGACCUGAUCAGUGACCUAGAUGCUCUGCAGUACUUGCAUUCUUCUCUUCUGGGCACCGCAGUUGUGUACCUUGGAAAUCAGAAAUCGUCUUGGAUAGAUGAAGUGACAGCUGUGGAAACAUUGACAGUUUAGCAUGACACACUUCCUUGGAAUUUUGGGUGGAAUAACAGACUUAUUUGGUGGCAUCAGAAACACACACUCUCUCUCUCUCUCUCUCUCUCUCUCUCUCUCUCUCUCUCGACGUAAAAGUAGAUCGGUGCCUCCCCUACAUGACGGAUGGAUGCUUGCAGCUUUGAGCUGUGGUCGUUGUUUGUCAUGCCUCGUUGGGGACGAUUUUUUGGGAUUUCAACAAAGAAAGGUGUAAUGGACCACACCUCCCUAAGCCUUUAUCCUGGUGUACUGCGGCAGCCGUCUGACUGUGGGCUGCCUUGGUCAUUUUCUUUCUUCGUGCAUUCAAAUGAAUUCACUGUAGAUAUGUUAGACAUUAUACAUACAUUUGUGCAAGCUGGAAUUCAUCAAGGAAGAAAGAAGAACACACUUUGCAAAGAAUGCCUUGAUGUUUUAAGGAUAUUUGGAGUCCUGUUAAAUCAUAAAUUAGGUGGAAGCUCAGGUGAGGCCCUAUCCAAGAAGAGAUAACCUUGUCUUAAAUCCUUUAUGAAAAACCAGAGCCCAGAAAUGAGAUGCUUGCUUGUUCUUUCAUACUGUUCCAUCUGGCCUAACAGGGUGUGUUAUGUACACUGCAGUAUCACCCCAGAGCACAGGUACAGAAGUGUUGCGCCAUUUCCUUUUUUUUAAAACUUUUUUUUAUUGCAGGUGUGCUACAAUUUUAAAAUAACAUUUCCAUUAAAAACUUUUAAUCGCAAAGCUUUUUAUACAUUUCAUGCAGAUUAUUGUCAAGUCAGCGCAGGCUAUUCUCUAAUUCAGAUUCUAAUGUUUGAAUUUUGAGUUUAGGAAUAAACUGUGAUAGGUUGCAAGAGACAUUGCUUCCAGUAAGGUCUUCUGUGUAUAGCAGCAAGACUCCGAAUGUCCAUACACAUUAUACUGCUGGCGUUUCUGUCUGUGGAACAGUUCUACUCCGUAUCAAAUGAACAUGUUGCAUUUUUUACAACUUCUUUUUUUCUUGGACUCAGCAUUUUGUUUUGAUGUUUUGGUCCUAUUGGCAUUUCUUGCAUGUUUGCUGGUGGAAAUGAAUGAGAUCACUGCUCACCGCCACACAAAGAUUCCAGCAGCAACAAACAUUGCAAUACUAAUCUAGGUUCCCUGACUACCCACAUUGUUAAACUGUUGAAAUGAGUUGUGCUGUUAUGGUUUACUGUGGAUUACCUUUGCAAACCAGUGUGCAAUAGUGUGAAAUGGGUUUAUAUGGGGCUACAGCAUACUCACCCAAGAAGCUGAUGUGGCCUGCAGUUCAUUUGUUUGUUCACAAUGUUUAAGGUGCAUUUUCAUUUUAUAGUGC